CUAAUCUCACAUUACGUAUUCAGUUUUGACUGGUACACACAACACGCUCCACACAAAACAGCUCUUUAACAGUGGUUUUUUAAGUGAUAAAAAUAUUGAGGAUGGGACUCAGUAAUAGUACGCCUCAACGUAGCCGAAAAACUUCAAGUUCCAGUUUCCGAAGACAAUCGUCGAUUCUUUCUGAGUUAUCCAAGAAAGUGGACGAAAAAGAAUGUGUAUUUAUUGCAAUGCAAGCUGAAAUCGAUAAGGCCAUUAUUGAACACAAUAAAUCUGUUAUGAUGUCGUUGGCUUCAGAAAUUGCAGCUCACAUUAUGGAUUUGAAUCAGCUGAGGCAAGUGGACUUACCUGCUUCAGAGCGUAACAGAAGCCAAAGGGUUUUGUAUAAUUUUGAAUUAUCUUUGGCCAAAUUGAAAUCAAUAUUAAAUUCUGAUACUGGACUCAGGAAAAAUGCCCAAUUUUUUGCUGCUGAGCCUGAUAUUGUUAGCAAUUUGAUAAGAUUUGAUGAUAGCAGAUGCUCGACAUUAACACCUUUACCUGAAUAUGAAGCUCCAGUUGAUAAUUUAGUAUCAGAAUUAACAGUUUACAAUGAGCCUGUUUUAAGUAUUGAAGACAUAGUUAAUUCCGUUGAAAGAGAAUUAGAUGUACUUAAAGACCAAUUGGAAAGACCUACUGAAGAUAUCAAUGAAUACUAUCAAAUGGAUAAAGGAGUUUUCUUUUUGCAGGUGCGUCUUAAGAAUACUGAAAUAUCUAGUGAGUUAGCAUUGAAUGACAAAAAAAAUUCAUUGCUUGAAGAGCUAACAGAAUUUAGAGCUAUUUUGAAUCAAAAAUCUAACGAGCUAGAAGAGCAAAGACAAUUAACACAGGAAGUGAAUACUUUAGAGCUUUUAGUUGAUAGUGCUGCUACUGAAGCAGAACUUAAAGGCAUCAAAGCAAAAGCUUUAAUGUUUCAAGAAACUAUUGCAAAAAGCUCUUGGGAUAAGAAUAAAAAAAUUCAACUAUUACAAAAAUUGAAAGCUAUUUUGAAUUACCCAACUAGCUCAACAUCAAACGAGCACUUAUAUGGAAACCUAGACUCUUUACAAAAAGAUUUGGAAGAAUUGAGGCAUCAAGAAGAAUUGGACAGUAUACAAUCUAUCGAUAAGGUUUUAGAACAAGAAAAUGAAGAUGUGUAUGGUAACCUUGAAAUUAUAAGACAAACACAAAGAGGUACAGUAUACGCAAAUGCUGACAUAGUUAGGCAAUCGUUUGAAGAAUCGAAACCUCAAGAAGUCAUUCACAAACGUCCUCUACCACUACCAAGAAACUACGACGAUAAAAUAAUUAACGACUUACCAAAACAUUGGCAAAGAUUGAAUGAAAUAUAUGAUAGCGAAAUUAUCACUGAGGCUAAUGAGGCCGAAGUUGCAGAAAUCCGAAAACAAGCCGAAGUUGCUAGGAAUUUGUUUGAGAGGAAAAUCAGGAGAAUAAUUGAAAAAAGUGAGGAAAGUGUUGAGCUCUAACAAUAUUUUAAUCGUAUAUUGUAAUCUAUAGAUUUUAUAAGUAAUUUGUGAUAUAAAUAAAUAUUUGUUUGUAUGAAUUAUUUACCAAAAAACCCUGCCGAUGAUAACACAAUCUUAUCAAAAACUAAACACGAUAAUAUUUUUAUUUAUCAUAAUAUUCACCCACAGUCAUUUGUAGGCAUUAGAUAUAAUGGAUUUUUACAAAAAAAUAGUAAAAACCAAAGACGUUAAUAGUGUUUUAAGUGAAAAAGAAUAUAAAUGUGUCAGCUUGCAAGCGAUAUCGACAGAGGCAAUUAAAGAGAACAAUAAGAAAACCCUCAAGGAUUUAGUGGAAGAAAUCAAUGGGCAUUUGACGGAUUUGCAGGCAAUUUACAACGACAUUAAAGAGCCUAGGAACAAAGAAAAAUGCGACAAACUAAUAAAGCAAUACCAAGAAUGUCUCGUGAAAAUUGUCAACAACAAAUUUUCAGAUGUUGUUAUAACAAUAACAAGGCAAUUGAACAAUUGGGAAGCUUUAACAAAUGAAGCUAUAAGAGAAAACAAUUUGGAAGAACUCAAUGAGCUGGUGGACAGGAUGGAGAGAAAUUUCGAAGUGAUGAAGGAGAUACCUGAAGUCAAACGGGCAAGGAGCAUGGAGAAUGGAGACGAGAAAAUUUUGGAGAUUAUUAAUAAAUAUAAAGCGCAGCUGAAUAAGGCAAUGGGUCAUAUUAUUGCUCAGAAAAGGAUUAUAAGUGGGCCUGUACUUUUACAGGAGAAAUUAGUUGAAGAAAAAACUCUUGAACUUACCGAACCAUUACCGGUAGCAAAACCAAACAAAAUCGUCCUGAACGAAGUGGAAGAAAGACUCAAACAAAUGCGUCAAAAACGUCUAAAUCGCUUGAGUACGUUCGUCGAUCAGCAAACCAAACUUUCAGAAGACAGAAGCAGGGAAAACGCGCUAAAAACUUCACAGAAAAAGUGCGAAAGCCUGAGUGAACUCGUAGAAAAAGUGGAAAACGAACCUGCAAUUAAAUCAAACGCCGCACCGUACAAAGCCAAUAAGGUCCAGGAAAAAGUUGUAAGGGCGUCUGAACAAACAGUUUUUGCGAAACCCGAGGAAAAAGAAAAGGGAAAAAUAAUUGAGGCAAUAACGCUUCAGGGCGGAUUGCGGUCUAACAGUUUUAUAAAAGCAGAAACAAUUAUUAGCCCUAAAACUAGUAGUAAUAUUGACCACGCACAUCAAAGUUCAAGUGACUACAAUAAUUUUAGAAAAAGCAGCGUAACCAGAAGUUUUGCGGAGAGGCAAAUUGAAAAUGCCAGAAAUCAAAUGGAAAAACCAAAAGUCAAACAACAAAGUAAGACACCACCAAGGAGUCCGCCGACUCAAAUUCGUAAAAUAUUCAACAGUCUGAACUCUUGCGUGCUCGGAGCAAACGUUCAUCAAAAGUCCAUAGAAGAUUUGCCGAGUGAAUAUAACAGCCAUUUCGAACAGGAGCUUAAAAAUGUUAAAUUGAAAAGUACUAAAUGGAACGAUGGAGUGGAGCAAGAACAGUCUACUGGAAGGUAUCCUGGUUUCAAGGAAAAAGAACAUUUUGGUGAAAGGGAACUUCCCAAAGCCCAAGAGCCCAUACCAGUUUUGCCACCAAGAGUACCAUUAGAAAAAUCUACAGCAACUUCUAUAAUUGGCCAAAAGGACUCAAACAUUCAUAAAAUCCCUAUUGAAAAAAGUGCAUCUCAAAGUCAAAUAGCAUCGUCAUCUGAAAAAAACUUAUCAUGGAGAAAGUCUCUAGAUUGUGAUGCAAUCAUUAGACCACAAAAACCCUUGGAAAAUGUUACCAUUACAGUAAAACGAGACAGUAGCAGUUUACCAGCCUCAGAAAAAUAUCCAUUUACCACCUUCAAAUCCAACCUAAACGAAAAUAAUGCAUUUGAAACCCCUUUGUAUGCAAUUGUCAAUACCAAAGAAGAUAUAGAAUCAGCCAUUGAAGAAAGCAAACGCAAAAUCCGUAAACUUUCAAACGACAGCAACAGGUUUAUAGUUUUAGAACCAAUGAUUGCUAAGCUAGAGUUCGCUAUAAGAACUUUCAAAGGGCUCAAAAGGGACGACGACUAUUAUUGGCUCGAUAAAUUAUUGUCAAAGUAUUACGUUAAAGUUGACGAAGUAACUGCAAGCACGGCUUUCGAUGAAAUCGAAAAACAAAAUUUGCUGGAAAGAUUGAAAAAGGCCAGCAAGGAUCUUGAAAAGAGGGCGAAUAAAAACGAAGUUAUUUUGAAAAUUGUUCUUGAAGAACAAGUGAUAAUGAUAGGAAUGAAAUAUGGGCUGUGUAGAUAAAAUACUUAAAAAAUAUAGAUUAGAUACGCACAUCAA